UGGUCGACCAUUCGACAGUCUCAAUGAUGAGAGGAGAUGGAAGGGCUUCUUUGAAGCCAGACGUUGCGCUGCUUGUUGGCUAUUCCGAUACAAGCACAGAGAGGAAAAGAAUCCAGAUCUCAUCACCGAUGCAAGGAUGCACGAGGUUUGGGUCGGCUGGGGCAAUCCUGAUGUAUGUGGAAACCCGGCUUGUCAAGAACCACGAACUCCUGCAAAUGCAAAAACCUUUCGGUUCUAGGGCCAAGAUAUGCGCUGUGCGGGCUGCUACCUGCACUUGAGGACACGAAAAACCGCAAAGACCUAAUCACUGAUGCACAAAUGCAUGAAGUCUGGGUGGCCCAGGGAAACCCAGAUGUCUGCGGCAACUCGGCUUGUCAAGAGCCUCGACGCCCUGGUGCAUGCCCUUGGGCAUUCAGGUACUAUGGCCCUGACUCUCGCUGUCAAGGCUGCUUAAUUUACCGAAGGGCUCAUGAAGGAUCAGAUCCAGUUAAUCCGAGGAAGGGCAUAAACGCAGGUUACUUGCUCUACCGCCAACUUCACUCCCACAUUCAGAAUGUCAAACGUCGAAGACUCAAACACACCUAUCACUUCGCACCAAGUAGUUACGGACACAGAUGUCGUUGCGAGCCGUGCCCCCAGGCCAUCAUCCUACGGGAGAAAGACUAUACAUGAGUUGAGAAAGCAACUCCUGACGAUUUGCUCCAGAAAUGGUGUCGCUCGACCAGCAACAGAA